AGUUUAUUACUUUUCGCAUCGCCCAAGUAGAAGACCCAUCCCUCUCUGUUCUUCCCCAAACGCUUUACUCUCUCCCUCUCCACCAUGAAAUGAAAUCUCUUCUGAAACCCUAGAAUUCCUGUUCCAGUUUACAAUCCAUCUCAAACCCACUUCUCAUCAAUGGCGGAUUUCACUCUCUCCAGUUACUUCGCCUUAACUGCACUCGCUUUCAUCGCUUUCUUCUCCGGAAUCUCUCUCUCGGACGAUGAUUCUUCUCGUUUCUCCUUCCCGAGUUUCGGCAAAGAUGUGAGCUUUGAGUCCGACAUCGCUAUGCACGGCGAUGCCAAGGUCGUCGAUGGCGGAUCUUCGAUUCAACUGACUGACUCGGUGAGUUACAGUAGUGGGCGGGUCGUGUAUAAGAAACCCAUUAAGCUCGUUGCGAAUGAUCCCGAGUUUCCAUUUCCUGCUUCUUUUUCUACCUCUUUCUCGUUGUCAAUGUCUCGUGAUCGAGGAAGUUGUCUUGGAUUUGUAGUGUUUCCUGCUUUGUCUGGUAAUAAUGGCAAGAUUGGGUCUUCUUUGUUCCAAGUUGAAUUCGACACCUCUGCUAAUGUCUCCAAAUACGGAGAUUCGAACGAGAAUCACGUUGCGGUGGUCGUGGAUGGCUCGGUGUUGGAGAAGAUCAGCAACUUCACGUCUGAGAAUUUGGUUAUGAACGAAGAGGAAAAGCUGUAUACUUGGAUUGAUUACCAAGCGGGUUCUAAAAGAUUAGAGGUUCGAUUCAGCAACUCAGGAGAUGCCAAACCCAGUGAGAUUCUGAUGUCUUGUUGGAUCGAUUUGUCGGAGAUGUUGAAGGAUAACGAGUUCAUGGUGGGUGUUUACUCUUACAACCGGAACUCAACUCAGACGUACAAUCUCCAUUCAUGGAGCUUGGAAGUAAGGAGAAUCCCGAGAUGGAUGCACUCUUAUGCUCUUGCUGAUCCAGAUCAUGACGAAUCCGCAUCGGAUAAGAAGAGGAAAGACACGGCAAGACAGAUUCUAGCUUGCUUCCUUACCACAUUUGGAUCCACGGCAGUCCUGUUCUUCGCCGUGAUAUAUCUUUGGACAUUCUUGCGUAGAAACAACCUUGUUAUGGUUGUGCCUGAGGAAUGUGGGCUUAAAGGAAAGGAGUUCGAGUACAAGAAGAUGGAGAAAAUGGAAGUUGUUCUGAGUAAAGGUGAAAAAGAAGAGCCCAAGUGAAUGGAUUGGAUUGAUAUAACCCUGAAUUCAGUUUUCUCGCUUAUGUUUUUGUAAAGCUGUGAUCUUUUCAUGGUUCCAGUAGUUGCAGGUCUUCUGGGUUGUGUGAUAGUCUGUUGUAUGUUUUUAAUUCAUGUGUACUUUGAUGCAGUGAUGCUUCAUAUGUAGUUUCCCAUUACAACGCAGGAUUGUGUCCAAAAGUCAUUCAUGUUUC